GGGGAGAGUGCAGGAAAUGUUUUGGUCUCUGUGCAUACAGGUCUGUGAAGGCCCCACGUUCCCCCUGGCUGUGGCAGCGGGCCCGAGCAGCAGCACGGCAGCAGGGGGAGGAAAUGUCUGUGCAGCUGGGUGUGUCUGUCCCGCUGCCGGGGGUUAAGGCGCAGGUUUGGGGCCGCUUCCAAGGGGGGGGGAGCGUCCGGGCAGCGGGGCUGGAGCGCGCGUCGACUUCCUGAGGAAAGAAUCCGAUCAGGGAAAGAAAUGCUCUGCUGCUUUUGCUUUCGCUGCCGUCUUUGGUGGCUGUGAAGCGCUCCGCAGAGGGUCCUGCGAAUGGCUUCGCCGUGCCCUGGACCUGCUUAUGGCUGCUCCUGUCCUCGCUCACCUCGGUGCGAUCCUUCUCAAUUUGUGCCGCCAAUGGCACCACCCGGCUCCUGGUAAACCCCCGCCGGCGGUGCUGGCGUCUCCCGAGCUCGCCGGGCGCUGGGAGGACCCUCUCCGCAGGAUGUUCUCUCCACCAAAGAUCUCCUCGUGACCGGCGACGAUGACAAUCCCGGCGGCACCUCGGGAAGCACCGACGUUUCUGUAGCCCGGCUCUUCCCUCCUGCUCCGCGCCCUCCUCCCCCCGCACACCGGGAUGCUGCACUGACCGAGGGCAGCCCCGCUUCUUUUCUCCUCCCCCCUCAACUUUCAGCAGCUCUGGGAUUUGUAUGGCAGCAGCGUAACCGUGGAGAGGCCGGGGUAUCACAAACUUAUGGAUUUUGAUAAGAGAGGAGGGAAAGGGGAGCUGGAGGAAGGUAAAAGGAUGUCCAAGACGGGUGGAGGAAGGAGCAGCCAUGGAAGCCGGAGCGCCGGAACCAACUCGGGAGUCUUAAUGGUGGGUCCCAACUUCCGCGUCGGCAAGAAGAUCGGAUGCGGCAAUUUCGGGGAGCUCCGCCUAGGUGAUGAGCUCCACCAACGGGGAGCUGAACACGGACGACCCGACCGCGGGGCACUCGAACGCGCCCAUCACGGCCCCCACCGAGGUGGAGGUGACCGACGAUACAAAGUGCUGCUGUUUCUUCAAGAGGAGGAAGAGGAAAAGCACCAAACGCCACAAGUGAGCGCGGGGCAGCAGCGGCGCGGGGUUCCCGUUCUCCGGCCGUGCCGGGCGGUGCCCGCGGCGCCGCGGGGUGGGAGGGCCCCGGUGCCCCCACGCAGCGGAGCGGGGCCUCCCCACCGCCCGGCCCGGCCCGGCCGCGCUUAUGCGUCCCCGCGUCCGCCAAAAAGAAAAAAGAAAAAGAAAAAAAAAAGGUAUAAAAAAAGAAAAACCCCGCAGGGAGCGCAGCGCGGCGCCGCCCGCAGCCCGGCCCGUUCCGCCGCGGGGGAAUCCGGGGCCGAUCCCCGCGCGCUGCGGAGCGAACCCUGGGGUCUUUCGUUCUGUUGCUUCUUUGUCUCUUAAGUUAAUUUAAAGUGAGUCUCAGUGCA